AUGUCGGAGGCGAUCAGGUGCAUCUCCGGGGCAGACCCCGCGGCCGUGCUGGCGAAGCAGCAGUACUCCAGCGGAGUCUCGCAGAACAUGUUUUCCCCCUUUGAGAAGUUGAAGGACAAGAAGUGCAUGAUUGCGCCGACGCUGCUGAAGGGUGUCACCAUCGCCAGGCUAUGGGAGGGCGUCUUUUCCAACGGUUCCGACUUUCUCAAGCGGUACCACGACAGACGGAAGGAGACCGACCUGGAGGUGGGGAAGUGGGUGUUCCUGAACGACAUGGGCAGCGGGUACCGCACCGUGUCGCUCGUAACUGUGGUGGACGUGCCCAGGGCGGGGAGCCUGACACAGCUGAACGAGGCCCACAGGUUUGCGUACGCAAUGCCCUCCACCGGGGCUGUGACGCUCUUGUAUCAAAUUUCAUCCCAGACCCCAAAUGUUCCCGCCGGUCAAUCGUUCCGCACGGAGGCCUUUUUAGAAGUCACGGCGGGCUCGCUCAAUGGUGACUGCACCAUCGGCAUCUGGGGUGGGUGCAAAAAAAUGAGCAUGGCCUUCUCAGCCAUCCAGUACAUGGCGGUGCCCAGGGCCAUUCGUGAAAUGACGGCUGGAUACCGGCUGAUGCUCCAAAUGAUCUCUGAGGAUUUGAUGGGGAACGCCGUCAAGGUAAGCGCCGAGGACGAGGACGGGAACGUGGGCGUUCAGGGCGAGGCCAAGGAAGCGGACUACGGCGAUGCCGGCACUUACCAGGCACCGAGUAUGCUCUUCCAGGGCCUCAUGCUGAUGCUUGCCCUUGUUGUCACGAUUGCAAUUCUCUGCUCCAUAUCAACGCUGCGAAAAACCUCUCGAAUAACAAACAUGAUUUCGGCCCAACUCCUUGGUGGCGACGUACACGGCGGUUCCGUGCGCGGCUCUCUGAGCGAGAACCUAAACUCGCCCUCAUCCACUGGGGCGGGGGCUGCGCGAGGCCCAUUCACACAAGACCAGGCACUUCGGUACGCGGCUAGAGAUGCACAAAUCCAGUCGCUUCGCUACCGUUGGAUAGAGCAACGUGUCACCAUACACAACCUGGAAGCCAUUGUUGGGCGUCUGUGGUGGAUGAGCACAUUCCAGUUGCUCUUUAUGGUGUUUUUGUUGCUAAAGAUGUUUGUCCUCUGA